AAAAUGACUCAAUGCUUUCGAUUAAUAUAUUGUCUUUCUGUUGAACUGUCAAGACGUGAAACUGUCAUUAUUUCACAAUGACUAUAUAUUUUAUACUAUUGGGUUUGAUAUUCAUGAACCAUAACGUGUAUCCAAACGAGAACAUCUCUACAACAGAAAAUAGUGAUUUUGAUACCAGUAAAACAAGCAUUUCGGAAGAUGAUUUUGUGGAAGCUCUGAAAGAUAUAGCUUACUAUCUUCGUGCACAUAAAUUCAAUGAGUAUGACAGACGUUAUGAGACAGAUUAUGAAAAAGCGGAAAGGAGGUAUUUCAAAGAAUUUCCCCGACCCCCGCUGCGAUCUCUCCAUUGGGAAGUUCAUAAAUUUUGUGAGCCGUCGUUCAGGGAAUGCGUGGAAUAUCUAAAGAGGCGAAUUAAACUGACAGCCUCCAGGCGAGUAGACGAUACUGCAGUAGUUAUGCAGGAACAGAAAUGGACCUUUCCCAACAAUUCCGCUCAGAUCAACCAAAUUGACGAGGAGUGCAAAAAACAGCGCAGGAAAGACGAUACGUUAGCUGAUCCUUUUGAAGGUCCUUUGGAGCGUUUCCAAUGGAGAGCCACAGCAAGUUAUUACAUGUGCUGGUACACGAUGAGCAAGAUAUCGGAUAUGGAGCACCUUUCUGAAAGCUGCGAUAAUUUCGCCAACUGCUUGGAUACUAAUCUCGGAAGUAACAACCAUGAUAAAAGGGCCGAUGAUUCGAAAACAUUCAGUUGUGCUGCAUACAGUUUUUGUCCCGAUCCUUGCUGUCCUUUCAAACAUUUGACUCGAAUGGAAACCUGCUGGAAUUCGCCGGAUAAUCCUUGUUUCCGGGGUAAUCCGGAUGGCCAAAGGGAAUGUUCGUUUAAUUUGUCACGAAAUACGGAGUUUAGCAAUAUCGUCUGGAACAGAUGGAACGUGACUUGUCGGUGUCCAAAACCCGGCUACGAAUGGAAUUCUCGCUACGGAAUUUGUAUAGAUGUGAAUGAAUGCACAUCGAAAACUCAUAACUGCCGUGAGGAAUCGGAAGCCUGUGUUAAUUUGCCGGGUGGAUUCAGAUGUGUUUGCAGAUGGGGAUAUAUCUGGAUUGAGAAGGAAAAAAAAUGUUUGCCGAGUGCCAUUUUAUCAUUACUGAAACUGGGGAGAAAAACUGAAAACGUAACAAACAAAAGUGAAACUCUCCUGAAAAAAAUAAGAAAAUUUUUCAAAAGGAAUUCCGGCACAACAAUCAACAAUCAAGCCGUUAAAAUAAUCUAUUUAUUUUUGAUAGAGAUGCUUGUGAAGUUUCAGUGAAUUGUUAUUACUUAUUUCUGAUGUACUCUCUAUGAGAAUGAGA